AGACUUGUGUAAAUAAAAUUGUGUAGAUAUUGUACAGAUAGAAGACUGCCAAUACAGGAAGAGUGCAAGACAAAGAUAAGCAGGUCGGCCAAUUUACAAUUUAAAGUAGUGUGUAGGUUCAUCAUAUAUAGACACACCGACUACUUGUAGAUGUUACAUUCCAUUAUGGCCACGGACUGGCGAGAUUACAAUGAUGGCCAAGGUGGUGUCAUGGCCAACCAAGGCCCAGUGUCGACCAUCAUAAAUCCAAGUUAUGUGAACAGUUUGGACUUACAGGCCAAUCAACAGUCAAAUGGAGAAAAACCAACAACCAUGGCCAUUGCUACAGAUGACGCCAAUAGGAAUUUUUCCUCCUCUGCAAAAGAACAUUUCACAGCCGCUUUGGAAAAUGAUCUUCGAAUUAUUGCUCUGGAGCAAAUUGUGGGCCCAGACUUGGACUUCCCAAAUCUGUAUAACCUGGAGAACGCUGCCAAUAGCAAACGCAACAAUAAGAGCCGAAAAAAGUAUGCGACGACUGAUUUAUCCGCAAUGGGAAUCGAUUUGACAAAAGAUCCCAGCGUUAACUUUCAUUCGCCUGAUGGUGACACUAGCUCAACGACAACAACUGAAGAUGAGAGCGAUGAUUGUGAGAAAAAGAAGAAGAAAGCAGACUUGUUUGCUGAUAUUGACUUUAUUGAUGAUGGAGUUGAGGAGGUAGAAGAUUCCGAAGAAGAUGAAGAGGAUGAGGAUGAAGAGGAAGAUGAUGACGUAGAGACGGAUGAAAUUGAAGAAGAUGAUGGAGGGGAUUGUGAAAGUGAUGAGACUGGAACAGUUGAUGAGGACGAUGAUAAAGUUUAUUAUGAAUCUACUGAUAGAGACAGUGAACUGGAAUGUAUUGAUCCAGGUACUGAGUCCCUGAAUGAGGACAAUGACACUGCAACAUUAACCAGAAAUUCUGGUCCAGGAUUUCUAAGUUACUACGCUAGCUUAGAAUCUUCGGCUGCCAGAUACAUUGGCAUUGGAUCUGGCGAGAGCCCGGCAUCCUCAAGUGUACAAAGUGUUUAUUCCGAUUCUGAAGUGGACAUGAAAGGUGUGAUGUACGAACCAUUGCAACAUGAAACACCUUACUCAGAACAACAAACCACAGAUAGCAGCACGGACUGUGAGUCCACCUAUGAAAUGCUCUAUAAAAGUUUUAGUAUGCGGCACAGCCAAGAACGUGAACUUGAGGAAGAGCAAGCCUAUCUUGGCAGAACAUUAUCACCUUAUGAGGGACAGCCAGACUUUGGCUAUGCCAGUGAGACGUCCUACGAGGACAAAACUCCCGGCGACACCAUUCGCGAUAAGUGUUUGAGCGGUAACUCUGACCUUUGUACUGUACCAAAUAAACAAUCUAAAGGUGGAUACAAUCAACAUGGUGCCUCUUCAUCCACUUCCGCUAUAACUACAAACUCCACCUGUCUCAGUAAAGGCAUCACCAAGAGCCUGUCUCUGCCUCCCGGAUGGCGAGAGGUAACGGACAGUUCGGGAACCUAUUACUGGCACGUGCCUAGCGGUACAACACAGUGGAGCCCACCAUCUCCAGUGCCACAAUCAAAAGCAAAGCAUCAGGCAGCUGUACCAAAACGGUGGUCAACGGGACAGAACUAUUCACAUCUCAAUGUGGCUCAACCAGGUGGAGGAACGUCCUCCGAUCCAGACCACAGUCUGCAAGAUUUUCAAGCAUCCACUCUCAGAUAUGCUUCUCUUAACAUGACAUCUAGUACAGGAAAACCAGAAAGUCCAAUUCAUGGCAAGAAGGUGAUCCGAUUCCAUGUCCGAUCAUUGGGUUGGGUUGAGAUGGACGAAGUUGACCUUUCACCUGGUAAAAGCAGCGUUGCUGUCAAUAACUGUAUAAGACAACUGUCAUACAGAAAGAAUGAUAUCCGAGACACAGCUGGUAUUUGGGGAGAGGGGAAAGAUAUGUACAUGGUAUUGGAAGAAGAUUUCUUGAAGUUAGUUGACGUGUCUGAUGGUAGUGUUCUCAAUUCCCAGCCUGUGUGUGAUAUCAGAGUAUGGGGAGUUGGUAGAGAUAACGGAAGGGAAAGAGACUUUGCAUACGUAGCCAAGGACAAAGGUUCCAAAAAGUUCAAGUGUCACGUUUUUCGCUGUGACAUCCCUGCCAAGGCGAUAGCUAAUGCUCUCCAUGAAAUCUGCUCCAAAGUCAUGUCACAAAGAAGGAAAACAAAUGCUAUUUCCAUGGUAACCCAAGGUCAAGUACAUCCACAUACUACUCACAUCCCACAGUCAUCCCGGCCGAUUGCCAUCCAGAGACGAGAUGCAGAUAAGAUAGAAUCUUUACCAAACCAAGUUGUUGACUUCCCAACCCCGAAAGCCGAGCCCACAACGGUGUUCCGUGCUCACUAUGUUGGCUCCAUGAUGGUACCAAAGGCAAACG